CAUCUCUCCCUCAACCUUUCAUCCAUCCACAUCAAAACACAAGCAAAUCCUAGAAAUUAAGCUCAUUGAGAAACAUAAACUAUCUUGACAAAAUGAAACAAGUUUUCGUAGCAUUCUUAGCUCUGCAAGUUGUGUUAGUCCUUACAAUUAUGGCUGCAGAUCCAGCAGGGAAGGGCUACGAUUGUGAAAAGGCAAAAAGGUCACUAAAGUCUUGCAUGGAAUACCUCACUGGUAAUGUUGAUAGCCCUUCAGCUGCAUGUUGCAAUGGUGUCAAGGAAUUGAAAGCAUCAGCACCAACAAAAGAUGAAAAAAUUGCUGAAUGUCAGUGCAUUGAAGAAGCACUAACUCCCAUUCCUAACUUCAAGCAAGACAGAGCCAUUGCACUUCCUAAGGAAUGUGGUGUUGAUGCGGGCUUUCCCAUCCCCAAGAACUUCACUUGUAGCAGCAUAUCUUGAGGAAAAGCAGAGGAGGAAAUAGUCCGAUUAACAGAAUGGAUGCUUGCAAGUUGCUUUCAUGUAAAAAAAUAAAAUAGUUUGUUGAAUUUAUGAGGAACAAGCAUUUAAUGAUUAAUGAUUAUUUCCAUAUUUUGUUGUGGUUAA